CCCCUCUGAGGCGCACUGGGCACCUUUAACACUGACUGGAAAGCAGAGGAUCCAGUGUGAGGUGCCGGACGGACCGUUAACAGCUGUUGUCCAGUGUUGUGGGUGCUGAUAGAGUCCAGUUCUCCUGUUGCUGUCAUGGGCUUUAGGGCGGUGCUGCUGUCCUUCCUCCUGGUGUCUCUCAGCUGCUCCAGAGGAGCCAUCAUCACAGGGGCCUGUGAGAAAGACACGCAGUGUGGAUUUGGUUUUUGCUGUGCCGUCAGUCUUUGGCUGAGGGGCCUCAGGAUGUGUGUCCCAAGAGGUGUUGAAGGGGACGAAUGCCACCCGUUUAGCCACAAGGUGCCCUACCCAGGGAAAAGGCAACAUCACACCUGCCCCUGUCUCCCCCACUUGGUGUGCACCCGUUACGGUGAAAGCAAGUAUAGAUGUACUGAAGACUUCAAAAACCUGGACUUUUAACAGAUGCCCAACAUUGAGAUGAAAAAGAGCAGAGCAGAAACAACAUCCUGAGUGAAGACGUGAACAUGCUGUGCGUCAGAAAUGCAUAUUUAAACUUCACUGGCUGUAUUCUUUGUGUGUAUGUGUGUGUAUAUACUAUAAUACAUAGUUUGGAUUAUAUCAAUACACACAUCAAGGACAGAAACAGAAACGUCAAGAGAGUGUAACCAAACAAGAAUCACAGCAGACAUCUGACACUUUUGACUUAAAAAAACAAAGAAGGUAUUUGUGAACAAUUGAAACAUUUGUUGUUUUGUUUUCACGCUCACUUUAUGGUAAUUUAUCAAGAGAAAUGCAUAAAUAUUAUUGUUGAUAAAAGUAAACUAUAAGAAUAACACUGUUGUUGGAUGCUUGCUCUUUAGCUUUUUUUUCAUGUUCAGUUUAUGUUACUUAAUUAAACAUAAUGUGUGUUGA